AUGGGCUACCUGUUCUAUUCCAUCUGGCUUGCAAUCCUCGUCUGCGCGACCGCCCUAUACUUUACCCGUCAACGCUGGCUACACCUCCUGCCUAUCCCCGAGCCGAUCUACACGCGCUUACCAACAUCUUUCCGCGAUGAUAUCGAAGCUGGUCUCUCAUCUUCUGCCUUUGACCUAUCCAGCAAUGUUGAAGCUGGCGAUUCACGACAGGGAUUAGAUGAUGCAGGCAAGAAGGAGGUCAUGCGCAUCAUGAAGCGAAGGGGUGUGGAUUUCGAUGAAGCGAGACGCAUAUAUAUGCAAGAUCGUUUCAAGAAGAACAACAUCGGUGCAGACGGUGUACCGCGCGACCCGAAGUUUGUUAGCUUUUCGUAG